AUGAUGGAAAGAAGGGAAAGUAAUGAAGAUGAUUUUGAAUCUAUUGUCAAGCUAGACCGGAUAUCAUUUAUUCAAGAAUUAAUGGAAAUGGAAUUGACGAUAUCACCUAAUGUAGUAACAGAUAGUUACAAAUCAAUAACAACAACAUUAGAGUCAUUUCUAAAGUUAUUACUGGAAAUGUUUAAGAAAUUUGAAAUUGAACUAACUAAUGUUCAAUUAAUUGGAAGUACUGUAAGAACAAUUUUAUUUGGAGAUCUUGAUAAUAAUGAUACUUUUGAUAUUGACUUAGCAAUUAAAAUUAAAUGUGAUAGGUUUGAUGAUGUUCUUCGAGCUGAAGAGGCAACUUUACUUGACUUGUGUAAACAACAAAAAAUUAACGCAUCAUCACAGGAAGUUCCACUUUAUUUUCUUAAUAAAGCACUCGUCUCAGAACCCUUUCCAUGGGCAUUGAUUAGUGUUGGUUCACUUGAUUGUGUUGUUGAUAUUAAAGUAUCACCAUUUGAUGCUCUUUGUGAUUUCUCAGUAAAUUCAUUACGAAUUGAAUUAAAACAGGUUAUUGAACAAUCAUUAGAAUCAACUGCAAUUAUUCCCAUUACAUCAUCAUAUAGUGUUCCUUUGGUUGUCAAUGAUAUUCAAAAUAAAGUUCUUCAUUGGAAAGAUAAUACAAUAAGAAGAAUUGGAUUACGAUAUGUUCUGAUGAAAGUAAAGGGGUUUAAUUUAGAAAAUUCAAAAGAUGUAAUUUUAUUUGGUGAAAACAUCUUAAAUGAAUUUUUUGAUAAACCUUCUGAAUAUUUUCAGACGGAAUUAUUCAAAUUCAUUCAGCGUCAUUUCUUCAAGAACCAAUUCGAUUUCACAUCAAUUUACAAAUUCUUAAAUAUUUUAAACGAAACAAUUAUCGCUGUAAAAAAUCCUUCUCUUCUUUCUUCAGAAGUUGAUAAAAUAAAGAAGAUGUUAGAGAUUUUUGAGAAAACUGGAAGGAGGAGUAAAAGAGAAAGAUAUUUUGAAGAAUAA